GUCUGUUGCCAGGGUGAUAAUGACGCCAAACGGCUUUUCAGAUUAGCCAGACAUAUCUUGCCUAUAAAAGCUAACAGUUCUAAAUUUUAAAAUAAAAAGAGAAGGAGAUUUCAAUUAUGGCGUCUAUUUUGGAUGCUCUCUGGGAGGACAGAGACGUUAGAUUCGACAUAACAGCGCAGCAAAUGAAAACUCGUCCAGGAGAGGUGCUUAUAGACUGUUUGGACUCCAUAGAAGACACAAAAGGAAACAACGGAGAUAGAGGGAGACUGCUGGUCACUAACCUGAGAAUCAUUUGGCACUCUUCAGCUCUGCCAAGAGUCAAUUUGUCUGUGGGUUACAACUCUAUCAUUAACAUCACAACAAGGACAGCUAACUCAAAAUUGAGAGGUCAGACUGAAGCGCUCUACAUUUUGACAAAGUCCAACAACACAAGAUUUGAGUUUAUUUUCACAAAUGUGGUACCAGGAAGUCCAAGGUUGUUCACAUCAGUUAUCGCUGUACACCGAGCAUAUGAGACCUCUAAAAUGUACCGGGACCUGAAACUGCGAGCUGCCCUUAUUCAGAACAAACAGCUAAGACUGUUGCCACAGGAACAGGUGUAUGAUAAAAUCAAUGGAGUUUGGAAUUUAUCCAGUGAUCAGGGUAACCUGGGAACUUUCUUUAUCACAAAUGUUCGGAUUGUGUGGCAUGCCAAUAUGAACGAAAGCUUCAAUGUCAGCAUUCCUUACCUCCAGAUUCGCUCCAUCAGAAUAAGAGACUCAAAGUUUGGUUUGGCUUUGGUGAUAGAGAGUUCACAGCAGACUGGAGGCUAUGUUCUCGGGUUUAAGAUUGACCCGGUAGACAAACUUCAAGAUGCACUUAAGGAAAUCAACUCCUUGCAUAAAGUGUACUCUGCAAACCCCAUCUUUGGAGUGGACUAUGAAAUGGAGGAAAAGCCUCAGCCUUUGGAAGAGCUCACAGUGGAACAGCUACCUGAUGAUGUGGAAAUAGAGCCUGAUGAGCAGACUGAUGCAUUCACUGCUUACUUUGCUGAUGGAAAUAAGCAUCAAGACCGGGAACCAGUUUUCUCUGAGGAGCUGGGUCUCGCCAUCGAAAAGCUGAAGGAUGGCUUCACACUUCAAGGACUGUGGGAAGUUAUGGCCUGAAAUAGCAUGAAACAUCAUUACC